CGGGGCUCGGGGCCGACCCGCGCCAGAGACGAGAAGAGAGGAGGGGAGGCCUCCUCCGCCGCCGCCAUCUUGGACCGGGCCCGGUCAGCUUCCGCGGAGCCAUCGGCAGACGCCGCGGCCUCCCUUGAGCCCCGACCCCCGUCGUCAGAACAACCCCGGGCCCACUUCCCCCACCCCACUUCCGCUUCGCGCCGCUAUCGCGAUAGCGCCUGGGCCCGGCGCGCGAGAAAAAGGCGGCGGGCGCUCGCCUCCCCCGCCUGUCGCGAUACGCUCCUCAGCGGCGGCGCCAGCUCCUGUGGUGUUGGCUCCUGUGGGUCUGGUGUACUGCUCAACCUACCCACGCCCUUUAGCUGCUUCCUUGUGUGGAUUUGCUUUCCUCUUGGACAAAGGAUCCUCUUGGUAGCGUCCGUCUCCAAGAGAGUAUGAAGAGAGUGCGUCUGUAGGGCAGGGAAGAUGGCGGACAAGCGCAAACUCCAAGGUGAGAUUGAUCGCUGCCUCAAGAAGGUGUCCGAGGGUGUGGAGCAGUUUGAAGAUAUUUGGCAGAAGCUCCACAAUGCAGCCAACGCGAACCAGAAAGAAAAGUAUGAGGCUGACCUAAAGAAGGAGAUUAAGAAGCUACAACGGCUGAGGGACCAGAUCAAGACAUGGGUAGCAUCCAACGAGAUCAAGGACAAGAGGCAGCUUAUUGACAACCGCAAGCUCAUUGAGACGCAAAUGGAACGGUUCAAAGUUGUGGAACGAGAGACUAAGACCAAAGCUUAUAGCAAGGAGGGCCUGGGCCUGGCCCAGAAGGUGGACCCUGCCCAGAAGGAAAAGGAAGAGGUUGGCCAGUGGCUCACGAAUACUAUCGACACCCUAAACAUGCAGGUGGACCAGUUUGAGAGUGAAGUGGAGUCACUGUCGGUGCAGACACGCAAGAAGAAGGGCGACAAGGAUCAGAAGCAGGACCGGAUUGAGGGCUUGAAGCGGCACAUCGAGAAGCAUAGGUACCACGUGCGGAUGCUGGAGACCAUCCUGCGCAUGCUGGACAAUGACUCCAUCCUCGUUGACGCCAUCCGCAAGAUCAAGGACGAUGUUGAGUACUAUGUUGACUCAUCCCAGGACCCUGACUUCGAGGAGAAUGAGUUUCUCUAUGACGACCUGGACCUCGAGGACAUUCCACAGGCGCUGGUCGCCACCUCCCCCCCCAGCCACAGCCACAUGGAGGAUGAGAUCUUCAACCAGUCCAGCAGCACACCCACCUCGACCACCUCCAGCUCUCCCAUCCCGCCCAGCCCAGCCAACUGUACCACGGAAAACUCCGAAGAUGAUAAAAAGAGAGGACGCUCAACAGACAGUGAAGUCAGCCAGUCUCCAGCUAAAAAUGGCUCCAAGCCUGUCCACAGCAACCAGCACUCUCAGUCCCCAGCUGUGCAGCCCACCUACCCCUCCGGCCCCCCGCCUGCUGCCUCUGCCUUGAGCACCACCCCUGGCAACAAUGGGGCCCCUGCCCCAGCAGCACCCCCAAGUGCCCUGGGCCCCAAGGCCAGUCCAGCUCCCAGCCACAACUCGGGUACCCCUGCCCCCUACGCCCAGGCUGUGGCACCCCCGGCCCCCAGCGGGCCCAACACCACCCAGCCCCGGCCCCCCAGUGUCCAGCCUAGCGGGGGAGGCAGCGGAGGCGGUGGAGGCAGCGGAGGAAGCGGCAGCAGUAGUAACAGCAGUGCCGGCGGAGGUGCUGGCAAGCAGAAUGGCGCCACCAGUUACAGCUCAGUCGUGGCAGACAGCCCAGCAGAGGUGGCUCUGAACAGCAGUGGGGGCAACAACGCCAACAACCAGGCUCUGGGACCCCCUUCUGGCCCCCACAACCCACCUCCUAGCACCUCGAAGGAACCCGGUGCAGCAGCUCCAACUGGGGCUGGGGGCGUGGCCCCAGGCUCAGGGAACAACUCGGGGGGACCCAGCCUCCUGGUGCCGCUGCCUGUGAAUCCCCCCAGCUCCCCGACACCCAGCUUCAGUGAGGCCAAGGCAGCCGGUGCCCUGCUCAACGGACCUCCGCAGUUCAGCACUGCCCCGGAGAUCAAGGCCCUUAGGCCAGGCCCUUCAUUUCCUCCCCAGGCCCCCGAGCCUCUGAGCUCCUUGAAGUCCAUGGCAGAGCGGGCAGCCAUCAGCUCUGGCAUUGAGGACCCUGUGCCAACGCUGCACCUGACUGAGCGAGACAUCAUCCUGAGCAGCACGUCAGCACCUCCGGCCUCCACCCAGCCGCCCCUGCAGCUGUCAGAGGUGAACAUACCAUUGUCGCUGGGCGUGUGUCCCCUGGGCCCUGUACCUCUCACCAAGGAGCAGCUCUACCAGCAGGCCAUGGAAGAGGCUGCCUGGCACCACAUGCCCCACCCCUCUGACUCCGAGCGGAUACGGCAGUACCUCCCCCGGAACCCCUGUCCGACACCCCCCUACCACCACCAGAUGCCACCCCCACACUCGGACACUGUGGAGUUCUACCAGCGCCUGUCAACUGAGACGCUCUUCUUCAUCUUCUACUAUCUGGAGGGCACUAAGGCACAAUACUUGGCAGCCAAGGCCCUGAAGAAGCAAUCAUGGCGAUUCCAUACCAAGUACAUGAUGUGGUUCCAGAGGCACGAGGAGCCCAAGACCAUCACGGAUGAGUUUGAGCAGAUCCCAGACCACCUCUUCGUCCACUCACUGACCGCCUUCUCCCCCGGCCAGGGCACCUACAUCUACUUUGACUACGAGAAGUGGGGCCAGCGGAAGAAGGAAGGCUUCACCUUUGAGUACCGCUACCUGGAGGACCGGGACCUCCAGUGACACCGGCCCCUCCUUCCACCCAAUCCCUCCCCCCGCAUGCUGAUCCCCCUGCCCAGGUGAGGGCCCUGCCCUGGAAGCCUGGGGGAGGCCCCAAGCCAUGGGGCAUCCCCCUCUCCCAGGAAGUAGGGAGGGGUCUGGGAGGCUUUCUCUUCCUCUCAGCCCCACCCGGGGGGCCGGGGGCGAGGGCUGCCCCCUCCUCCCCUCCCCAGUGAGGGACAUUUUUUGGUAAACCUAUUUUCAUUUUGGAAAAUAUUUAUGAAUAAAUAGUUUUAUAUGA